AUGGUAAGUCGUCCGUUUGGCACUUCUGCAGGGCUGUUGGCUCUGGCCGCCCUCAGUGUGGCGAGUCCUUUGAGCAACACGUACCUGCCACCCCAGCAGAACGCUCGCAGCAGCUACAACGCGGCUUCGGCAUCGGCUGCCGGCGGCACUUCGUUUGCCGCUUCGGCCCCAUCGGCCAAGUACUUACCACCCAGCAGCGGGGGAGGCCAGUAUGCUGGCCGCUCUCACGGUGGUUCCGGUGGUUUCGGUGGUAACAGAGGCUUCGGCGGCUCCGGUGGCUCCGGCGGCUUUGGUGGUGCUGUUGGCUUCGGCCAUGGCGGUGGCUCCAGUCAUGGAUCGGCGGCCUCCGCCUCCCACGCCAGUUACUCGGCACCUGUGGCUGCCCCUUCGCGCCAAUAUCUGGCACCAGCUGCUUCGUCGCAUGGCGGUGGCUAUGGCGGUGGUUUUGGCGGUGCCAGUGGCCGUGGAGGAAGGUAUGGCUCGGCAUCAGCUGCCUCAGCGCCAUCCCGACAAUAUCUAGCACCAGCUGCCUCCCAAGCCUCCUCCUACUCGGCGCCCGCACGUUCCAGCGGCUAUUCGUCAGCCCCAUCCUACUCCGCUGGGCGCAGCCAUGCUGCUUCGGCAAGCCGCAGCUAUGGUGGCUCAAGCGGUGGUGGUUACGGCAGCGGUGGUUAUGGC